AUGAAAAAUGUGUCCCAUGGAAACACAUUUGGAAAAUCACAAAUAUAUUUUAAAGUCAAUGAAAUUCCAAAGAGUAUAACAUGUCAAGUGCAGCCUAGAGAAGGUCUUGAGGUAUAUACAGUUUUCAGUAUAUUCUGUUCUUCAGGCAAACAGGAUCUGUAUUAUGAAUAUAGCUACCAGACUUCAACAUCCUCAAAGAAGACCCUGUAUAAAGGAUUUGACAUUCAAUAUUAUUUCCAUUUGCCUGCAGGUGAACCAUCUGAUGGAUACAGAGUUACCAUUUUUUCACAAAUUACAAAUCCAUUGGGGUCAAAAACCCACCUGUGUCCAGUGACUGUCACUGUGCUGCCCAGUUUCAUGAGGAAUAAAUCUAUAACGGAUCUACCUGAACUGGAAUUGUUCAGCAGUGGCACAAGAAAUCUUUCUGCCCUCUUAUUUAUUGGAAAUCAUAUUGAGAUACGCAACUAUGUAAUUUUAUUAACCAACAUCCUUAAUCGACUAUAUACUGAAGAAAUUAAGAUGGCUUUUGAACUCCAGUCAAAAAUAAGAAAUGUUCUAAUUUUUACUGUGUGCAGCCUACCUUUUCAGGAUCAGGAGGAAAUUGUUGAUAUUGUUUCAUUGCUAUUAGACCUAUUGAGGAUUUCAAAACAGGUUACUGCUAACAGUGCAGUUGUCAUUAUCAACAGUGCAAAAGCUAUAUUUGAUGAAUAUUUUGAGCCUGGUCAAAUCCUACUACAGAGGGAGCUAGUGGAAUAUGUUGUUCUAUUAAUAACCCAGGCUUUAGAAGUUUCCUUCAAGCAUUCCGAAACACAGAAUUCAAUUCUCGAUGGAUUAGAAAUCAUAAGUAACUUCAUGUUGGUAAGAUUGCUUUAA